AUGGAUAGAAACAGAGAAGCAAGAAGAGUGAGUAUGGCGGCUAGUAAUGGCUUGUCUAGAAGAAGACACAGAAGUAGCAGCCUAAGAGAUUCUCCAGAAGAUAAUGGAACGGUGGAGCUACAAGAAACGAGGCUACGAGAUCGGAAAAAAGAUCGAGAUCGGGACAGAGACAGGGACCGAGACCGUGAAAAAGACCGAGAGAGAGAUCGGAUUAGCGGCAGGAGUAAGAGGAGGAGAGGCGAGAGAAUGAUGCACGGGAGCAAUAGAGAAGACGGAGAGCGAGACGAGAGCUCAGACGAAGAGAGCGUUAAUGACGACGAAGAUGAAGAUGACGAUGAUGCGGUUGGUGUUGCAGGGAGUUUCAUGAGGAUGCUUCCACCGAACCCUUCUUCUUUAUCUUCUUCUUCUAUGUCUAAUCAUCACCAUCGGAAAAGCUUUCCGCCGCCGGCCAAAGUUUUUAGAGCGGCGGCGACGACGAUGAAUACCACGGCAGCAGUCACACCGUGGAAGGCUCCUGAUGAGAUGAUUGGCUUGUCUGUGCCUAGAAAAGCUCGGUCAGCAUCUACUAAGCGGUCGCAUGAAUGUUGGGCUCCAAGUGGUGGAGUUGGUGGUGAGCAAAUUCACCGGCAAGCUUCAACAUCUCCUGUAAGAUCGAGUGGACCAGCUUUGUUAGCGUCAGUUUCAGUUUCUCCGGCUGCUCCUGUCUCGCCUCCAUCAUCUUCUAAUGCUUCAGUAAAAAAGAAGAUGAAGCCUAAUGGACCGAAACAGAGACCACCUAAAUCUUCUUCGAAAUCUACCUCUUCAGCACAAGAUGAGAUUGAGUUUGAGAUCGCUGAGGUGUUGUAUGGGUUGCUGAGGCAACCACAAGGACCUACAAAGCAAGAAAUUGUGGGAAAUGAAUCGACCAAGUAUGAUUCCAGAGAAGGGAAUCACAACAAGUCUACUAGUGAUGCUAAAUCCAGAGUUUCGUCACCGAUCUCCAACUCGCAGUCCACUGCUCCUCAGUCAUCUUCAGUUCCACAAUCUAAUUCUAGUUCUGCUACUCCCAUGUCGGCAAUUGGUGAGUUUUCUUGUGCAGCGGUGGUUUCAUUUACUUGGUUCUUGACUUCUUCCUCUCUCAAUGCUCUGGUGACUCUUAAGGGAAAUGAAUGGAAAAAUUGCGAUCAGUGCGAAUAUUCAUCAUCUUCUACUUUAGUUUUUAUGUUGAUGGUUAUUUUUUGGAUUUUUUGUUUAAAAUCUGCAGCACCUAAAAGGAAAAGACCGCGACCAGUCAAGUAUGACGACGAGCAUCCCGCAACUUUUCCUGCUCGUAAUAGUUCCAUUUUGUCGACAACCAAGGUUGACAUUGAUCAGUCUGCAAAAAUUGAUUCCUCUUCUAAUUUAGAAAAGAAUUUGGGAUCUGCAGCUGAAAAUGGUGGAGUUUCGUGUGAUUUACUGGCCAAUCAAGCUACUCCGGCGACAACAGAGGCGCAGUUGGAGGAGGUUAAGCCGGAGAAUUAUCCAUUAUCGGAUUCUAAGCCUACGAAUGAAGAAUCAGAAUGUAGAGAUUUGAGUGGACUGAAAGAAGAACCUCGGUCUCCCAAGAAGGAAUCUCCUCCUGGCCUUAGAUUGGAUGGUGAUUGCGAGAGUUUGGCAGCAAAUAAUGCGUGA